UGCGAGCAAUUGACGCGUCGACUUGAAACGACCAACGAAUUGGUAAAACGCUCUGAGAUGGUUUGUGAAUUAGAGGCAAUCUCCGCUGAGAUACCAUCUCUGAAAGACAUUGAGUGCAUGCGUGAGACAGUUCUAGCGACGAUACCGAGGUUGGCAGCUGAGGUGAGACGAAGCGCAGCCUCUCAGCUCAAAUCAUCAUUGGAGAGCCUCAGUGCUCCUCUUGUUUCAUCUUCUGUUCGUGCGCUGCGCAACCUUUCUUCCUACGAUACGACGGUUGGUGUUUUCCGAAAUUAUGAUCAUUUACUUUGA